AUGAGCGACCUGACGCUGUCGAAAGAGUUGCUUGGAGAGUGCUUUCUGACAAAGUGGAACUUGGAUUAUUGCGAGCAAGUCUGUGAUCAGAGCAAAUUUCUAUGUCCGCAACAUCCGGAGUAUGAAAAGCAUCCUACAAUGCAAAACUAUGCUGCCCAGCGAGGCAAGUUGAUGGGUAUGUUCCGUGACCCUGAUCAGCGAAUUCUCUCAGGGUACCACGAUGACCAGAACAAUCUGGCAGCUCGCGAUUAUGAGGAAUAUCUACAUGAAGACCCGCGGGUCCAGAAAUGCACCUACAUUGGGAAGGAUGUGCCCAAGGUUCCAGUUCUAGACUUUGCAGAAUCUUGGAAAGGUGGCAUGGCAUACCAGAUUAUGACUGAGCACCCGGACACGCAAACAUUGGACCCAAACCGUUCAAAGAUCACCCUGGAAGUCGCACAAGAGGCUGCUAAGCGUGUGCGUGAAGGCUUUGCAUUCGUGGGUAUCACAGAAGAGUGGGACCUUUCCGCUUGCCUGUUCCAUGAGAUGUUCGGUGGUGAUUGCCAUGCUUGGGACUUUAAAAAUACGCGCCCAAGCUCAACUCGAAAGUCAGCCAAUUCGGCCCAUGAUGAGUCGGAGCUAAUGGGCUGGCACGAUGACUUGGACGAGGUGGUGUAUGCAGCUGCGGUGGAGGUUUUCAAGGCCAAUUUGGAUGCGUUCAAUGUUUCCCAUCAGACAUGCCAAGACUGCUACCGCGCAGCAGGAAGGACAAGCAAUUAG